GACGCACCCAUUGCUCGACUCUCCAUUGGAAAAAAACAUCGAUAAUUGAGAGUUGGUGGAAAAAAACAGUGUUGAUAAGCCAAGUUAGUGUUGUAUGCGUCGAGUGGGUUUGAAUACGUGUUUUUUCUGUCGGUAAAAUGGGAAACUGCCACACCGUUGGACCAAAUGAGGCCCUUGUGGUUUCAGGUGGCUGCUGUGGCUCAGAUCAGAAGACAUAUGUUGUGGGAGGCUGGUCUUGGGCCUGGUGGCUAAUCUCUGACAUCCAGAGAAUGUCUCUGGAGGUUAUGACCAUCCUCUGUCGCUGUGAGAAUAUCGAAACUUCGGAGGGUGUUCCCCUGGAUGUGACAGGGGUGGCUCAGGUGAAGGUGAUGACAGAAAAUGAACUGUUGGGUUACGCCUGCGAACAGUUCCUGGGGAAGUCAGUCGUGGAGAUCAAGAGUGUCAUCCUGCAGACCCUCGAGGGUCACCUGCGUGCCAUCCUUGGCACCCUAACUGUUGAGCAGAUUUACCAAGACAGAGACAAAUUUGCCACUCUGGUGCGAGAGGUGGCAGCACCUGAUGUCGGCCGCAUGGGCAUCGAGAUCCUCAGCUUCACCAUCAAGGAUGUAUAUGAUAAAGUGGAGUACCUGAGCUCACUGGGCAAAACUCAGACAGCUGCGGUACAGAGGGAUGCAGACAUCGGAGUGGCAGAGGCAGAGAGAGAUGCUGGCAUCAGGGAAGCUGAGUGUAAGAAAGAAAUGAUGGAUGUUAAGUUCCUAGCUGACACAAAAAUGGCCGACUCCAAACGAGAGCUGGAAAUGCAGAAAGCUUCCUUUAAUCAGGAAGUGAACACAAAGAAAGCAGAGGCUCAGCUGGCGUAUGAGCUGCAGGCGGCCAAAGAGCAGCAGAAGAUCCGUCUGGAGGAGAUCGAAAUCGAGGUGGUGCAGAGGAAGAAGCUGAUCACUAUUGAGGAGAAGGAGAUCGUCCGCACUGACAAGGAGCUCAUCGCCACUGUGAAGAGACCUGCCGAGGCUGAAGCCUACAAGAUGCAGCAGCUGGCUGAGGGACAGAAGACAAAGAAGGUGCUGACGGCGCAGGCAGAGGCAGAGAAGAUCCGCUUUAUCGGUGAGGCAGAGGCUGCCUCCAUUGAAGCGGUGGGGAAGGCAGAGGCUGAGAAGAUGAGGCUGAAAGCUGAAGCCUACCAGCAGUACGGCGAGGCUGCCAAGACAGCUUUGGUCCUAGAGGCUCUACCAAAGAUUGCCAGUAAGGUGGCUGCACCCCUGUCCAAGACCAAUGAGAUUGUGAUCCUGAGUGGAGACGGCAGCCGCGUGACUGGAGAGGUGAACCGUCUAUUAGCUGAACUCCCUGUUUCCGUCAACGCCCUCACUGGGGUGGAUGUGACUAAGAUCCCUCUGCUCCAGAAGAUGAUCAGCCCACAGUGCCAAACAGCCAUGUGAUCAAUCAGGCCACAGACUUGUUACUCUGAAUCCUUUAACAUAUAUCUGCCUCAAGCAUGAAAAUAGUUUUUUCAACCUCUGACCCCUUAUGCAACUGCCUUUGACCAGAAUCACUCGACACCAACCAAGAGGUUUUUUUUAUAUUUUUAAGAGGUUUUUAAUUUUCUAAAGGAAAAGAAGCUGGAGCCUUACUUGUAAAGGAGCAGACUAUAUGUAUCUUCUAUUGUUUUUAGUUUUUGUUUUAGACACAUUGAUACUUAUCAUAGUCCACUAGUUAGCCAGGAUUAUAUGCUGCAAUCCUGUUCAGUCCUACAAGUCAUCCAAAGCAGAGUUGGGUAUUUUUGAGAGACAAAAGUCAGAGUUGGACCACUUUAAAUGUGGUAGUGUUAAACAUUAUUUAUAGAUAGAAAAACGCCACUGUCUUCAGUAGUAGAUGCUGAAAAGAGUCUAAAACAUAAAGGUCAAAUCUGAAUAUUGUUCUCUUCUCUAGAGCUGUUUAAGAGCUACCUGAAGUUUGGAGGGCACCACUUCCCUGUCAGGUGUUAUGACAUUUAUUCACCUCGGGAGCAGAGCAAAGUGUCCCAGCUCCUGCCUCUUCAUUAAACAGUCAUUCGUCUGAUGCUCAGAUAGUGAGGAAGCGUGCAGUAGACUGAGCACAGUGUGAAAUAGGCAGCUUUUAUUUCCUGUUUGCUUUUAAAACUCUAUUUCUUAUAGAUUAAUUAGACUUAUCUCUAACUCAGAGAGAACUUGAUGGAUCCUCACCCACUGUGAUUGUAAAAUUUACAGUAUAUUACAAUAUCAGUGAUAUUUGAAUCACUUGUACAAUAAUUCUUACCUCCCGGUAUAUUGUCAUGCCUGUCUUCUUGUUCUGAUGUGCAGUGCCUGUUCACCACACAAACCUUAGGACAGUGGUUUGGCUUUAGUUGGAUUUAUGUCAGAGUAUAUCACUGUGUUAUAGAUGGAUGAUGUUUAGAUAUUGUUCCCUGUUCUCAUAACAUCCGCUUAUACUAACAAUAGUGUUUACUCUUUACUUUUGUCGCAUGUUUGUACACAUAGGCAGAUUAUAACGCUAAGCAAACACAUAAUACAAAGCCAUACUUAGAAAAGAUUAGCCUUAAAAGACAGCCUGGACGCCUGCCAGGCUUACUGAACAUUUCUUUAUUACUCAUGUAGCACAUGGAUACACGUUCAGGGUCUGAGCUUUAGUUUAUUUUGUUACUUCUCUCCCUCUUUCCUCCUCCUGAGACGAACUGUUAGUCCUCCUUCUACUCAGACGUGGUAACGUGUUUCUCAGAUGUUGUUUCGCACGUUGACUUUUGCAGACUGUGUACAUAUUUUAUAUCUUUAAAGAGUACACCUCUGUGGCUUGAAAGUUGCCACUGUGUUGCAUAUCUGUGAUGACAAAGCAGGAAUUUAAUGUCUCGUUCAGUCGGUCUGUAACUCAUUAAGUUGGAAAAUAAGCAUGUAAACAGGUCAUAAAAACUGUACAUGGUGUUUGUGCUUGGGUGGUCUUCAGUUUGGUAAAUGUAAUGUCAAGCAGUUGGAUCACUGACUUUUCCUGCUGCAACAUGUACAUUUUCUUGUUGCUCGCUGAUCAGGUCAAUCUACUUACUACAUGUAGUCUGUCACAGUCGUUUUAACCAUUGAAAGCGAGAUGACAGCCGAUGUCCAAAAUGAUGGUUCAGUGUUACAUCAUCACUUGUGGCGUGAGGACACAGUGUGCAACAAGUUGUAAGUUUCAACCUCUAGAUGGCAGGAUCUUAACCUAUAUUGAGUUACUCUUCAAACUAAAUGAGCCUUUUGUUGCUGCCUCUUAGAAAUUUGAACUGUUGUUUUGCCACAUAAUCCGACCUGCUUACUGUGCACACAGUUAGGUUGGGCUUCCCUUUUAUAAUGAUGUAUUUUGCUUCUGGUAAAUCAUAUCGUGAAUGAUCAUUAACCACUUUUCAGAAUCUGUGACCUUAAAUGUUUUAGUUUUUUAUUUUGCAACUGACUGUUAUGAAGUUAUAAUAGUCGCACCAUUUUCUUUAUUUUCUGUGAAUAAACAUGAGACUUGUGGCUUGUUUGUUCCGUGCAAAUUUCAUCUUGUUUCUGUUUUUGAUAUGACUGUUACAUUUCCCUCCAAGUUCUAAUGUUUUUCUGCAACUAUUUUACCUGCUGUAAAUGAUGGUGAAAACACUGCCUGGCUGUGUAUCAAGUGAUUAACAGCAUCUAAUAUCAUUCAUCUGAUCGUGCAUACACUGUCCCAUUUUCAAACUGUGAUUCACUGCAGCCUGGCAGAGCCCGCCAACAGUUUACUCUUCACUGUGGUCUGGCGAUUCAGACAAAUGGCAUUUUUAAGUCGGCUGCACAAUAGAUGAUUGACAGUUUUCGUCUUCAUUCAGACAUCAACAUGGAACUUUUUCUACACCUGACUGAAAGGCUGCACCAGCCCCUGGCAGUCAGUAGGACUGAUCUGGAAACACAAAACUAACCCACCCGAUUCAGCUUCUGAAUACAUUUAAGGUGAGAAAUGGAACAGUUGCAGAAUGAUUUGACAGUUUGAAAGGUGGCGUGUCACAUUAUGUUUACAUAUCGGACCCAGAUUAAUCCACAUCAGUCAAUCAUUGUGAGUGGUUGUUUCCAGACUGUGCAAAGGUAUCUUGAUAAAAUGGGUAAUAACUUGCAGUAGAAUGAGCCUGUUAUUUAGAAAAGUAGAUUUUGUUUGUGUACACAGUGCCUUUGUUAAAUAAUCAUUCAUACUUAAAUGUGCAGUUUGUUGACUGUAUUGAUCAUACACUUGGAAGUAGUGAGGGAUAUUCUAUCAUGAAUUUACUGUCAAAGACUAACUUGUAGAAUAUAUUUCUUUCCACUUAUUCUGUUCGAUGUACUUCAUGACAUUCUGUACUGCAAAUGUACAAGGGAACACAGAUAUAUAUCUAGUUAGAUGAUAAAUAUAAAGUGUUUUACAGCUUUUCCUUUGGAAUCUGGACCUCAUUAAUUAUUUUGGCCAUUAUUAUUGUGUGUCAAACAAUACAAUUUCUUGAUUUGUAUUAUCUAAUAGGAAGAGUGGCAACUUCCUACUACAAGUGGCAUUUUAGAGGAGAAUGUGUUUAAAUACCAAAUACAAUGACCUAUGCCUUAACUCUCUCAUGGACACAUCUAUAAUCUCUCUUAAAAUUAUAUUGUAGCUUUAUCUUCUCAUGUUACACUGGCCUUUGGAAAACUGAUCCAGCAUGGCAUUUUAAGCAUGUGUUCAUGUUAUUCUGUGUUGUGUGCCACCCUAUAAUAAAUGUUAUAUCACUUCC